UUCGCCAUUGCAGCAUCAUUUGUGCCUCCGUGAUGAAAGAAACAGCCAGGAGGCGGUGUUUUAUCAGAGCCCAACAUUAAACAUAUCUGACGUCUAUAUCUCCAUCAUCAUCAUCGCCUCUUAAUGUCCAAAUAACUCUUUGCGUUCCCGCGUCUCUAUCGUUUUCCUUCAAAUUCGUGCCUUUCGUCUUUUCCCCCAUUAACGUCUUUAGGGACCUGAAGUUUGGCUCAGCUCGCGCAACCGGUGUGUGAACUCGUCGCGGCGCGCUGACCGAUCAAACAGCCUCAUUCGACCGCUGUCCAGACGUGAUCGUUGUGACACCAGGGGAUUCAUAUGAGCGUGCCUCCGGUAAUCCGACCGCCGAGCCCCCUCCCGGGGUCGCAAGGCAUUUCCUUCCAGAUCCAGAUCGGGUUGAGCCGGGAACCCGUCCUGCUGGACUCCGGCGAGUUCAGCCUGGCGCAGGUCCGAGAGAUGGCAUGCUCCAUCGUGGACCAGAAGUUCCCAGAAUGUGGCUUCUAUGGAAUGUAUGACAAGAUUCUUCUUUUCCGUCACGAUCCGAACUCCGACAACAUCCUGCAGUUGGUGAGGUGCGCGGCGGAAAUCAUGGAGGGAGACCUGGUGGAAGUCAUCUUGUCUGCCUCAGCUACUGUCGAGGAUUUCCAGAUCAGACCUCAUGCUCUGUUUGUUCACUCAUAUCGAGCGCCGGCGUUCUGUGAUCACUGUGGAGAAAUGCUGUGGGGUUUAGUGAGACAGGGUCUGAAGUGUGAAGGCUGUGGGCUGAACUACCAUAAACGCUGUGCCUUUAAAAUUCCAAACAACUGCAGCGGGAUCCGUAAACGGAGACUGUCUAACGUGUCCCUCACUGGCCUGACCAACACUCGCUCUGUGUCUGCUGAUCCAUCUCCCAGCACCUCUGAUGAAGCUUUACUGUCUCCCGUCAGUCCUAGCAUGGAGCAAAAAACACCAUGUGACAUCUUUCCUGGAAGAGGCCGUUCCAACUCUCAAUCCUAUAUAGGUCGACCGAUAGAGUUAGACAAAAUCCUGCUCUCUAAAGUGAAGGUGCCACAUACUUUUGUCAUCCAUUCCUACACACGCCCCACAGUUUGCCAACACUGCAAGAAGCUUCUCAAGGGCUUGUUCCGUCAGGGACUGCAGUGCAAAGACUGCAAAUUCAACUGCCAUAAACGAUGUGCACCCAAAGUGCCAAACAACUGCCUCGGAGAGGUGUCAAGAAAUGGAGAUUUGUUGAGUCCUGGCGCUGAAUCAGAUGUGGUCAUGGAGGAAGGCUGUGAUGAUCAUGAUGGUGAAAGACACGGUUCACUUAUCGAUGAUAUGGAAGAAUCCCUUGUGGUAGACUCUGCGGCACUUUUGGAGGCUGGACUUGGAGAUUUUCAGGAUCAUGACCUAGAUGAAUCCAACAGAAUCAUCAGUCCUUCAACUAGCAACAACAUCCCACUUAUGCGGGUGGUUCAGUCUAUCAAACACACCAAAAGGAAAAGCAGCAAUGUUAUGAAAGAAGGAUGGCUUGUGCAUUUCACCAGCAAAGACACAUUGCGUAAGAGACAUUACUGGAGACUGGACAGCAAGUGUAUCACACUUUUUCAAAAUGAUACUGGGAGCAAAUACUAUAAGGAAAUCCCUCUGUCUGAGAUAUUGUCUCUUGAACCAGCUAAAACCUUCAACCUUCUCCCUGAGGGUGCCAACUCGCAUUGCUUUGAGAUUGCCACGACGUCUCUGGUGUAUUAUGUAGGAGAGAACCUGGCUCGAGUUGAGGGGGGAACACCUGGCUACGGAAGCAACUUGCUGGUCAGCGGGGUGGGACCGGACGUGGCCCGCAUGUGGGAGAUGGCCAUCCAGCAUGCGCUUAUGCCAGUUAUCGCCAAGGGCAUGUCUCAUGGAGGCCAUCACAGCUUUCACAAGGAGGUCUCCAUUAGCAUCUCUGUAUCCAACUGCCAGAUCCAAGAGAACGUGGAUAUUAGCACAGUGUAUCAGAUAUUCCCUGAUGAAGUACUUGGAUCGGGGCAAUUUGGCAUUGUCUACGGAGGGAAACACAGAAAAACAGGCAGAGACGUUGCCAUCAAGAUCAUAGAUAAACUGCGUUUCCCUACCAAGCAGGAGAGUCAACUGCGCAACGAGGUUGCCAUUCUUCAGAACCUCCACCAUCCUGGAAUUGUCAACCUCGAGUGCAUGUUUGAGACACCGGAGCGUGUCUUUGUUGUCAUGGAAAAGCUCCAUGGCGACAUGUUAGAGAUGAUACUGUCAAGUGAGAAGGGGAGGCUGCCAGAACGCAUCACCAAAUUUCUUGUUACGCAGAUUCUCGUGGCACUCCGCCACCUUCACUUCAAAAACAUCGUUCACUGUGACCUGAAGCCCGAGAAUGUUUUGUUAGCCUCAGCUGACUCUUUUCCACAAGUGAAGCUGUGCGAUUUCGGUUUUGCACGCAUUAUUGGCGAGAAGUCUUUCAGGCGUUCAGUAGUUGGCACGCCUGCGUAUCUCGCCCCGGAGGUGCUUCGCAACAAGGGCUAUAACCGCUCGCUGGACAUGUGGUCUGUGGGUGUCAUCAUCUAUGUUAGUCUCAGUGGAACUUUCCCCUUUAAUGAGGAUGAAGACAUCCACGACCAAAUUCAGAAUGCUGCUUUCAUGUACCCACCCAACCCGUGGAAAACAGUGACCCCAGAAGCAAUUGACCUCAUUAAUAACCUGCUGCAAGUCAAAAUGAGGAAGCGUUACAGCGUGGACAAGUCUCUCAGCCAUCCCUGGUUACAGGACUACCAGAUGUGGCUGGACCUGCGAACUUUGGAGGGCAAAAUGAAAGAGCGAUAUAUCACCCACGAAAGUGAUGAUUUACGCUGGGAGAAUUUCGCCGAACAAAAUGGCCUUCAGUACCCAGUCCACUUAAUCAACCCUCAUGCUAAUGUACGCGAAGAGGCGGAGUCUGAAGAGGAUGUGAUGGGCAUGCUCAGUGACAGAGUCAGUGUGCUGUAAAUUGCUGCCUGUCCCUUUAAGGGCACGAUGGAGCUCAAGCCAAACUGUUUACAGAUAAAUCAACACUUCAACUAACUGCCUUGACAAUUCCAAACGAAAGUACUUGUUAACACAAUUUUAACACUACACUAUAGAUUAAGCACAAAUUUCACUAAACUCGCAGUGCCUGAACCACACAAGCCAAAAUAGCCAUAUUUUGUGGAACAAACAAUCACAAUCAAGCUUAUAAAAAGACAUAACCAAACACAACUACACUCAGACUUUAUAUUUAACUUUUGCAGGCUUGUUAUUUUGUUCAUUACUAUUGUCUGGUUUCGGAGCUUUAGAAUAAAAUUCUGAGUAUGUUAUUUGACAUUACUCAGCAGUUCACAGUGACAAAACACUGUAGCAGCAGUAUUGUUUGUACAUGAUAACUCACUAAAAAGAAAAACACUAACUUAUAUGGUUAAUUUAUUCUGCUUUGAAAGUUGGUUAAUGCCACUGUAAUUUUGUGAUGACCAUUGCAUCAGUGGAAAUAACUUGAGAAUUGAUCAACAGAGAGCGUUUUUAGCUUUCGUGGUAUUGUGUUUGUGUGCUUUUGAAUGUAUGUGUGUAUGGGUGAGUGCGUGUAUGUGCACUUUGAGGGCUGCUUUUGUUAGGUUCUGUGCAAUUCAAGACUGCUGAGCAACAUUGUCUGUGCACUAGACGACUUUCCAUUUGCUUCUUCAGAGAUGGAACAAUACAGGUGGUAAGCAAGCCGUAUUAUGACAGAGUUUCAGUGUUUCCCUUCAAGCGAAGAUGUCAAAGGUAAAACUCCUCUCUGUAAAAUU